UCGUCACUCGCCGAGGGACCUAGCCCACGCUGCGUACCCGGCAGCAGGUUAGCCAUGGCGAUGGGUGGCGGCGGCAGCAGCAGCGGCGUCCCAGAGCUGGAAGACUCGGUGCUGUUCCGGCGCGGCACAGGCCAGAGUGAUGAUUCUGACAUUUGGGAUGAUACAGCAUUGAUAAAAGCGUAUGAUAAAGCUGUGGCUUCAUUUAAGCACGCUCUAAAGAACGGUGACAUUUCCGAAGUUUCAGAAAAACCAAAAGGCACACCUAAAAGAAAACCUGCUAAGAAGAAUAAAAGCCAAAGAAAGAAUACCACAACUCCCUUGAAGCAGUGGAAAGUUGGUGACAAAUGUGCUGCCAUUUGGUCAGAAGAUGGCUGUGUUUACCCAGCUACCAUUGCCUCGAUUGACUUUAAGAGAGAAACCUGUGUUGUCAUUUACACUGGAUAUGGAAAUAGAGAGGAGCAAAAUCUGUCUGAUCUACUUUCCACAACCUCUGAAGUAGCUAAUAAUAUAGAACAGAAUGCUCGGGAGAAUGAAAAUGAAAGUCAAAUUUCAACAGAUGAAAGUGAGAACUCCUCCAGGUCUCCUGUAAAUAAACCAAAUAGCAUCAAGUCAAAAGCUGCUCCAUGGAACUCUUUUCUCCCUCCACCACCCCAUAUGCCAGGAUCAGGUCUGGGACCAGGAAAGCCAGGUCUAAAAUUCAGUGGCCCACCGCCGCCGCCACCCUUCCCGUCAUGCUGGCCGCCUCCAUUUCCUUCUGGACCACCAAUAAUUCCCCCACCACCUCCCAUAUGUCCAGACUCUCUGGAUGAUGCUGAUGCUUUGGGAAGUAUGUUAAUCUCUUGGUACAUGAGUGGUUAUCAUACUGGUUACUAUAUGGGUUUCAAACAAAGUCAAAAAGAAAGAAGGUGCUCACAUUUCAAUUAAGAAGAUCUACGUUCCCAUUUAUCAGAAAUACUGGGGAUAGAGCAACAAGUUAAAUGACACCACAAAAGAAAUGAUCAGAGAGGUCCAGAACGUGGAAUGUUGUAGAAGAUAACUGGCCUCCUUUCUUCAAAAAGUCACUGUCAUGAAAGAAAAAAUGACAUGGAGUGGGUAACUAUUCCAGAUUAAAAGUGACUUGAGAUAUAACAGCCAAAUACAAUGUGGCAUCCUUCAUUAUUCAUUAGACCCUAGUUUUGAAAAGCUAUUUAUAAGAGACUUGGGGGUUGAGGAAAUUUGAAUAUAGACUGGAUUUUAAAUGAUAUUAGAUAACUAUUGCUAAUUUUAUGAGCUGUGAUAAGGGUGUUGUAGUUUCUGGAGAAUGUCUUUAAAUUUGCAUACUAAAGUAUUUAGAAGUGUGUUACAGUGUUUGUAAUACAUUUCUAAAUGAUUUAGCAAAAUGUAUAUAUGUGUGUGCAUGAAGCAUGUAUGGCUGUUAUUGAAUCUAAGUGGUGUUCAUAUGGAUGUUCUCUGUACUAUUUUUUUCUAUUUUCUGUGUGUUUGAAAAGUACAUAAGAAAAAUGUUCAGUAUUUUUAACUAAAUUAGUAAAAUCUAUGUGUCUAUUAUUGUAUUCCCUUUUUACAUAUUAUUUUAUACUUUUGGUCCAUAUUCAUCCAUAUUUUGAUGUUUGUCAUCAGUAUUUUGUGCAUGUGUGUGUGUGUAUAUAUAUCCCCACUUAAUAUCACAUUUUUAAUAUUUUUACAUAUUCUAUCAGCUUGUUUGCCUGUAUGUUAUGCCGCUGUUCCUUUAGUUCAGUAGCUUUUGGCAUUCUCAAUAAUGUUAGUAAAUACCUUCUUAUAUGUAGUACUCAAUUCUAUUCUGUCAUAACGUUAGGGUAACUUUCUGUGUUGUGACUAUUUAAUAAAAGGUUGUGGACAUUAUGAUUCUUAGUGGAUGUUUCCAUGUUGCCUUGAAAAGCAAAUUUCAAAAAACAUCUUUUCAAAAUCUAUGCAUUCCUGGGAGGGAUAUUUUUUAAAUUAUAUAAAUCCUCACAUUUAAAAGUGUAGUUACCUGUAUCUCAUUCUUCGAUUAAAGUCGGUUUUAUUCAAUUGAAGUUCUUCAGCUAGGUUAUUCAGCUAAGUCUAAAGAGAAUAGAAAAACUAGGCAGGGGAUGAAUUGGACUGAAGUAUUCCAGGCAGAGAAUGCACAAGCUAGAAGCAUUAAGGCAGUGUGUUUCAAGGCCUAAGGCUAGCCCAAAUGUCAUACCACUGUUAUCCGUUCUCCAUCCAUGUAAGUUCCCCUCUUUGAAUCUGUUCUCUGCUUAUUUCUAUUACAUAGUUUUUCACAGUAUAUUAUCUUUAUUGUUUAUAUAUCUGUCUUUCCUCUGUCAUUAGAGGCAAGGCACUACAUCUCAUUCUUCAUCAUGUCUACCAUAUCUGGCACGGUUUUUUGAAGUCUGGAAUGGGCUUAGAGCACAGAUGGGAGGGAAUGUCAAAGAAGAGAGAAAAUGAAGUCAAAACAGCUUGUUUUCUGGCUUUCACUGUAGUAAUUGUCCUUGUUGUUAUGAAGAAUCCUAGAUGGAAAAUUCCAUGGUCUGUACCUAUAUUCAGAAGAUAGGCAAAUAGAAGGUGAGAUGCCAUAUUUGAAGAGUACCUUCAUUAAAGGAUCAGCCAGAGAUUACUUUAUCAAAGUCAUGUUGUAAGUUUAGCUUUUCUGUAUGGUUGCCAUUAACAGAAAUAAACUACAGGGUUAAUGGUUAUGAACUUAAGUUAUGUGUUGUUUGAAGCUCUUGGUGAAUGGAAAACAGUGAAUUCAGUUCAGAAAUAAAAUUCUGAAAGUUUAACCAAAGCAACUCCUGCUUCUGCAGAAAUCCAUGUUUAUAUAUAGCAGUCAGUAGAAGACAUUCAGUAUUCAGGUAUUUCACAAAAUACUUGGCGUUUUAUCAUUUUUAUGUAUGAAUUGUGGCCUUUCAAGAGGAUUCAAGAACAUUUUUACAUUGCUCUCAUUUUUUUCCCCAAAUACUUCUUUCGAGGUUAAUUUAUAUACAAUAAAAUGCACAGAUUGGGACUUCC